UUAUAAUGUCAUUCUUUGAGGAAGAUUACUUUGUUUUAUUUUAUAAGAGAAAUUUUAAACCAUAAAUUAACGUAACGAUAUUAGUGACGUUUUCAGUUUUCAAAAGUAUUACAACAUGUGUGGAGGAUUUACUUGUUCCAAAAAUGCAUUGACUGCAUUAAACAUACUUUAUGUGGUUGUUGGUUUCAUUCUAAUAGUUGCCGCUGUUUAUGGGCGAGCUUCAGCUUUAGUUACAAAUUUACCUAUAAUUGGAGGUAUUUUGGCAUGUGGGGUGUUUCUUAUUCUUGUAUCAAUACUUGGUUUAUUUGGAGCUAUCCAGCAUAACCAAGUCAUGCUAUUUUUUUACAUGGUCAUUUUGUUUUUACUUCUACUUGUUCAGUUUAGUGUUGCUUGUGCAUGCCUUGCUGUCAAUAUGGAUGAACAACAACAAUUGGCUAAACAGGGUUGGAGUCGUGUGGAUAAUGAGCUGAAAUCGGAAGUUCAGAGAACCUUCAGUUGUUGCGGAUUUGAUGAUAAAAUCCACCAAGUGAAUGACUCUAUGGGACAUCCAGAUUGCUCCAAAGAUCCUAUUUGCUGUCCGGCUGGCAGUAGAGAAGAUUGUACCUGCCCUCCUUGCAUGUCCAAGUUGCAGUCUACAAUUGAUUAUGCCUUUAAACUGUGUGGAGGAAUAGGACUUUUUUUUAGUUUCACUGAGGUGAUUGGAAUUAUUCUCGCCUUCAGGUAUCGUAAUCAAAUUGACCCAGAUUUAGAUUUUUCCCAAACCUUAUUUCCGGGAAGGAGAAAUUACCGAUAUACAAACCUUAGGACAACGCCAACUACAGAUCUGAAACUACCAAUAAAUCCCUGAAACCUUCUGUUUUUUCUCUGUUUUUCCUUGAAACUUUAUAUAGGUUUUCAGAUUAAAUGGAAUGAAUCCACAGUUAAUCUAUAUGAUUGAUAAACGAGUUCACCAAACAUCAUGAAUUUGAUUUUUUCACGUUUUGAAGCAAAUUUCACUUUCUAAUGAUAUUUUAUUGUUCCUCGUGUCUUUGAUAAAUGAAUGUUGGACCAUUUAGUGAAUAAUAAUAGUAAUCAAUAAAUUAAAUAUAUGUUUUUUGUUUCAAUCUUAAUUAAGUUAUGUAUUUAGAAACUUCUAAGACUGUAUAAACAGAACAAACUAUUCAGGUUCAAUUUGAUAUUAUUUAUGAUUUUUUAAUAUGUUUGUAUACUAUUUUUUAUUCUUAGCUUCAA